CUAAGACGAAGACGAAGAGACUUUCGGGGAGGGGAGCCAGUGAGUGUGUGUUUGUUUGUUUGCUGUUCUUUGUUUCCAGAGCUUGGACUUUGCCGGGAAGAUAGAGAGAGGAAGGAAGAGAGAGAUAGAGAGAGAGAGAGAGCCAUGGGAGAAGAGAAGGAAGAUCCGCAGAAGCUGAAGAAAGCGGCGGCGGCGGCUUACGACUACGAGAACGACCCGAGAUGGGCCGAUUACUGGUCCAACAUCCUCAUUCCUCCUCACAUGGCAUCUCGCUCCGACGUCAUCGACCAUUUCAAGCGCAAGUUCUACCAGCGGUUCAUUGAUCCUGAGCUUGUAGUGGAGGCUAUGUCCUCAGGUAGUUCAUCACAGCCGGCUAGGCAAUCUACCGCAUCGUCUUCUUCAUCAGCAACAAGUGGUGGACAAGCUGGACCUCAAAGGCCAGGGUCAUCCACCAGGGAAGCAGGUGCAUCAGCAACUUCAACUCCAACUCCAACUUCAUUGCGUUGGGAUAGAUCGACCAUCCAAUUUUCUGUUAAUGCUUGGGUGUUGGUUGUGGCUCUACUUGCAAUCUUUCCCAUGGUGCCUAAAAAUCUUUCAAAUAGAGCUUACCGCCUUUCCUUUUUGGGCACAUUGUGCUCCUCUCUGUAUUCCUUGUAUUCCUCAUAUGGGAAACCCAGGGCAUGGAAUAUGCAGGCUUUGCAGACGUACUUUCAGACAGUUAUUGUAACUAAGGAUUUCAUAUACUUAAUCUAUGGCCUGACAUUUGUUACUUCGCAUCUUUAUCUCAGAUUUGCUUUAAUUCCUGUUCUUUGUCGAGCUGUUGAGCAUGUGGCAAAAUUUUUGAGGCGUAACUUCAGCCGUUCUUCCCUGUAUGGGAGGUACUUGGAAGAGCCUUGUGUGUGGGUGGACUCCAACACAACUACGCUUAGCAUAUUGUCCUCCAAUGCUGAGAUUGGCCUCGGCUUUCUUCUACUUGUCUCCUUGUUCUCUUGGCAGCGCAACAUCAUACAAACAUUCAUGUACUGGCAGCUGUUAAAACUCAUGUAUCAUGCACCACCAACAGCUGGUUACCAUCAGAGCGUGUGGGCCAGGAUUGGGAGGACUGUUAAUCCGCUCGUUCAGCGUCAUGCUCCAUUCUUGAGCAGUCCAAUCUCCACUGCUCAGAGAUGGUGGUUAAGGUAGCGUGUCGCAGAAGCACUAUAGGAAGUGGCAGAGUAAAAGGUUAAAAAGCAUUUAUGCUACUCCUAAGUCCUUGCUCAAAUUUGUUGGGGGGAACGAAUUUUAAGAUUCGUCGCUUUUUAAGCGCAGCCUCUCAUGGAUAGUAUAAAGUGUAAUGCUUUACUAAUUCCUUCAUAUCUUCUUGUCUCCCACUUUAUUUUGAUCUCUACGGGCUCGUAGCAUAAUUUAUUUGUCAUCUUGGAA